AUGGACCUCUUCACCGACCCCCCAGACUACUACCCACCCUCCCCCAAGCCCACCACAGAAACCCACAGCCUCUCCUCAGGCCGCGUCCUCUCUCUCCGCCUCGUCGGCCACAACCCUCUCUGGGGCCACCACCUCUGGCAAGCCGGUCGCAUAAUCUCCACCUACCUCGAGACACACCCCUCUCUCAUCGCCUCCACCACCGUCCUCGAACUCGGCGCCGGAGCUGGACUGCCUAGUCUCGUGUGCGCGGUCCUUGGGGCGCGGAAGGUCGUGGUGACGGAUUACCCAGACCCGGAUUUAGUCGCGAAUCUGUGGAGUAACAUCGAGUCUGCUGCACUCGAUGGAAAUGGAAACGAUGGCUCAGAUGAGAAGAACAUCGUAGCGGAAGGUUACUGCUGGGGUGCAGACCCCGCACCCCUACUCUCGCACCUCCCUCCUAGCGCUGGAGGCUUCGAUAUCUUAAUCCUAGCAGAUUUGCUAUUCAACCAUUCCGAGCACGCGAAGUUGGUUUCUACGAUCACGAGUACGCUGGCGAGAAGGGAGGACUCCAAAGCACUGGUUUUCUUCACGCCGUACAGACCGUGGCUGUAUGAGAAGGAUAUGGCGUUUUUUGAUCUGGUGAGGGAGGCUGGGUUUGCGGUGGAGAAGGUGCUGGAGGAGAAGAUGGAAAAGGUUAUGUUUGAGGGGGAUCCGGGGGAUGAGGAGUUGAGGAGGACGGUUUUUGGUGCAAGUUGGUCGUGUAUCCCUCCGUACCUCACCUCGCCCCCACCCCCCAUAGACCGACACAUACCCCAGAGCGCAUCGACAUCCUAG